AUGCGGCCGGAGACGUUGGAGCAACUUCUUUCAACCGAUGAGCGCGUCCGGCAGUACUAUUCCUUCGUCGAUAGGAUUCGAACACAGGGCCAGUUUCUACUGGACGAAACCAUUGAAAAAGCAUUGGACAUCCGUGCACCGUGGACAUCACCAGACAUCGCGGUCAAAGCUUAUCGGAAGCAGCUGAGUUCUUCGACCUUCCGACUAGCAGGACAGCCGGACGUUUUCUCCUACACACAAAUACGAGAGCUCAUGCGAAGUGAAAACCAAGAGAUACGACACCACGGGCAACAAGCAAUCAAGGAUGGAAUCGUCGAGAAUCGCAUUGACAAAUUCGCUUCUCUUGCUCUCAAUAUGGUCGUCGGCAGUUGGAGCAUUGAAACUCGAGAGAGAGGCUAUCCUUCCCCCCGGUCCCGGCGAAACGUAUUGAACAGAAUAUCCGAUGAAAUUGUCGACGCGCUGAUAGCUGCAGUGAAGAAGGAAGGUGUCGAACUUACGAGGAGGGCCUUGCUCCUGAAGAAGCAGCUUCUCACCGCAACAGGCAAAAUCAAGGCAUUUUCCUUCGUGGACCGCCUGGCUCCCUUGACCUUAAGCAGGGAUUCGUCGAUGGAUGCGAACGCGCGUAUCCCUUGGUGCCAAGCAGUCGAGAAAGUCAAAAAAGGCUAUGCGAGCUUCUCUCCGGUGUUCGUGCGGCUUUUCGAGAAUUUGUUGAAGGAAGGGCGCAUUGAUGCUGCUCCGGCAGAAGGAAAGCAAACGGGUGCUUUCUGUAGCGGUGGCACGCCGGCUACUGGUCCAUUCAUUCUUAUGACACACACUGGAGUGAAGGCGAACGUCCAAACUUUGGCUCACGAGGCAGGACAUGCAAUUCACUUCCUGCUUGCGUACGAGCAGGGCAACCUACAAUACCAUCCUCCUCUUCCACUGGCAGAAACUGCAAGCUUGAUGGGUGAAACAAUCGUGUUUUACCAUCUACUGGACCAAACGGACUCUCCUCAGAAAGUUCUAGAAAUGCUCAUUGAACACGUGGACAGCUUGGUUGGCACCAUCACUCGUCAAGUCUCUUUCGAUCGGUUCGAGGAACUUGUGCACGAGGCGCGGCUCUCAGGGAUCGUGGGGGACGAAGACUUCGACCAAAUGUGGCUUCAGAGCACCAGGGAAUUUUUCGGCGACGAGGGGGACGUGUUCGAUGACUAUGCAGGCAUUGAAAAAGACUGGAGCACUGUUCACCACUUCACAAAGGCCCCUUUUUAUGUCUACUCUUACGCUCUUGCGGACCUGCUGGUAGGUUCGCUUCUCGCAGCGAGGUCAAAGAAUAAUGGAAGUGAUUUCGAGGAAAAGUUUAUUAGCUUCCUCCAGGCGGGCGACACGGCCGACCUUGAGACAGCCCUCCGCCCUUUUGGACUCGACCCUAAAACACCGUCGUUCUGGAGAGAGGCUAUCGGAAUGAGACUAGGCACUGCAGUCGAGCGCGCAGAACGAAUAGCGGCUGAACUAGGCUACAUAGAGGCUACUGGUUACUGA